AUGUCGACAUCCAUCGAGGACAAUGAGCUGCCAAAGGCCAUUCUGACGCGCAUCAUGAAGCAAGCGCUGCCAGAGAAUACCAAUAUCCAGGCCAAUGCCAAGCUGGCCAUGACAAAGUCAACCACCCUCUUCAUCAAUUACCUGGCAUCGGCAGCGAACGAAGUAGCAGCAAAUGCAGGACAUAAGAUUGUCAGCGGAGCUCAUGUCCUCAAAGCAUUGGAGACAGUAGACCUUGAGGAGAUGCUGCCCAGACUCUCAGAGGAGCUUCAAGCAUUCCAAUCUAUUCAACGGGCAAAGAGAGCAACUGCUGCACAGGCGUCCAAGGACAAGGAUAGCUCGCCAUCAGCAGCAGGAUCAAAGAAGAGAAAGCCAGCAUCAGAGGAAUCGAGUACAGCAGCAAAGUCCAGGAAAUCAUCCACAUCAGCCAACCCCAGAGAUGGACAAGACACCCCAAGCGACAUGCUUACGGACGGCGAGGACAAGGAGGAAGAUGACGAAGAAGACGAGGAGGGCGAGGAGGAGGAAGAAGACGAGGAAGUGGAAGAUGACGAUGCAACAACUAGCAAGCCAAACAAAGGAAAGUCCUUGAAUAUGAGUGAACCGGAGCAGGAAGAGAAGCAGGAAAAUGCUGACGCGGACGAAGAUGACGAUUCCGACGGCUUUUGA